GCCUGUUGCUUAUUCAUUGAGAUCAGGAGGAGUAAAUCCAUCCAGCCCAGAGAGAGAGAGAGAGAGGAACAUCCCUGCUCGGAACAUAGCAGCAAUGUGAAAACCAUUCACGGAGAAGCCCUGCAAACUUUACUGAAGCCUUGAGACCAAAAGCGGCUCUUUUCCUCCUUUCAUCUCCCAAGUCAAUUCCACAUAUGUUGGCCUGGCCAUGCAGCCUGCGGGAGAGCUGUGCAGUUUAGAACAGGCCAGGAAUGGACAGAGUUAGAGCUGUUCACAUCAGGAAGCAGCGUAGAGGCUCUGGAGAGAGGAACAGCUGGCAGAGGCCAUCCAGGCUGCCUCUUUGGUUUGGUUUUGCAAAUACUAGCCAUUAAAUCAUCCGCUCCUCUUUGGUCACAAUGACGGCCUGUGGCUUGUGCGACUGGUGGGCUGUGAUGGGCUGCGGGAUCUUUCUGCUGGUCCAUGGGCAGCAGCCACAGAGCAGCAACACAGACGGCAAUCGGUGGAGGCAGAUGAUCCAGUGGGAGAACAAUGGCAGGGUGUACAGCCUCUUGAAUACAGGGUCUGAGUACGUGCCCGCCGGCCAGGAGCCGGCGGAUGGCAGCACCAGGGUCCUGCUAGCUGACACCCCCAGGAGUCAAAGCAGAAGGGGGCAGGGGAACCUCAGGAGGCAAGCACCCACCUUGCCAGUCAGGGUGGGCUCCGACACCAUCCGGGGCCAGACACGGCACCCAUUCGGCUUUGGGCAAGUCCCAGAGAACUGGCGGGAAGGUCCUGUCGGAGACAGCACCAGCUCCCAGAGGAUCAGGCCAUCCACCAGCCGGCAACGACAGACCAGCUCCUCCGCUGCCACCGUCGCGGCCUCUUCUUCAUUCUCACACUCCUCCUUUGGGCAGCCCUCCUACUCACAGUUCCCCUUCCCCCAGCCCCCUUUUGGGAACCAGCAUGAGCCCUACGAUGCCCAGGUGUCUCGGGGCUAUGACGAAGGCUACCUGUACUACCGCAGCACAGGAAACGGAGGGGGCGCUGUUGCAUCAGCUGCUGCUGGUGUCGGUGUCCUAUACCCCUUCCAGUCCAGGGCACGGUAUGAGGAAUAUGGGGAGGACCAGAAUCCCUACCGAGCCCAAGGCUACUAUCCUGCUCCAGAGAGGCCCUAUGUCGCAGUGCCCCCCCAGCCUCAGCCUGCUGAUGGCCUGGAUAGGAGGUACUCCCACAGCUUGUAUCAUGACACUAGCGCCACUGCGGAGCAAGGCUUCCAAGAUCCUUAUUCAGCAAGUCGAAACCAGCAGCCAAUGGGACAAGGGGUCCCCACUAUGGACAAUUUACAGCUCAGCCCGGGGUCCCCUUUGGGGGCCAGCCCUGGGUAUGGAACUGACCCACGAUUGGGGCGAUACCCCCCUUACGGUAACAUGCCACUGGAGCCCUAUGUCCCACCCCACAACGUGGAACCCCAGCCACCUUUCCGGAACUUGGAUCCCUAUGGGGCUCCGCGACCUGAACCCUACCUCCCUGUGAGGAGCCCGGAAGCCCCACAAGUGAUAUCCGACAACCAAGCCCGGGUCAGCGUGGGCAGUGUUUACAGACCUCCUCAGAACGGACGGGGCCUCCCUGACUUAGUACCUGAUCCAAACUAUGUCCAGGCCUCCACCUACAUCCAGAGAGCUCACCUCUAUUCUCUCCGCUGUGCCGCUGAGGAAAAGUGCCUCGCCAGCACUGCCUACACCCCCGAGGCCACCGACUACGACAUCCGGGUGCUGCUGAGGUUCCCGCAGCGGGUGAAGAACCAGGGCACAGCAGACUUCCUGCCCAACCGCCCCCGCCACAACUGGGAGUGGCACAGCUGCCACCAGCACUACCACAGCAUGGACGAGUUCAGCCACUACGACCUGCUGGAUGCGGCCACAGGGAGAAAGGUGGCCGAGGGCCACAAGGCUAGCUUCUGCCUGGAGGACACCACCUGCGACUUUGGGAACCUGAAGCGCUAUGCCUGCACUUCACAUACCCAGGGCUUGAGUCCCGGUUGCUAUGACACCUACAAUGCCGACAUUGAUUGCCAGUGGAUUGACAUAACAGACGUUCAGCCUGGAAAUUACAUCCUAAAGGUUCAAGUGAACCCCAAGUACCUGGUGCUGGAGUCUGACUUCACCAACAAUGUUGUGAGGUGCAAUAUUCACUAUACUGGACGCUACGUUGCCACUACAAACUGCAAAAUUGCCCAGUCGUGAUCCACACAGGGAGGGGUGCAUGACACCUGACCCCCACCUCCCAAUCCAAAUUCAAUGCUUUCAAGAUGGCAUUUGAGAUGUCAGCUUCUGAGGUGCAUGAUACAGUGGGGCAUCAGACGUUUGUCCAUUCCAGCAGCCCCUGGAGACAAAAAAAGUAUUUCUCAAUUUUAAGAACAUGAGGGAAAUGAGAGUGAUUAUUUUAAAUAUUUUUAUACUUAACUUUUCUUCAAUCUUUGGGGCUUUUCUCUGUUUCCACGUGGAGUUUGCUGAUGAUUUAGGUGAAAUAAAACAAGGGUUAUUACUGUACCAGGCACUACCAAUAUCUGUAGAUUACAUGCUAUAUCGGUAGAUAGCUCUAUAGUCUAAACUGUGCCCUGCUGUACAAUAUGGGGCUGUAUUUUUGUGCAGGUUUGCUAGUGACAUUACAAAUCCUAGCCCCCAGCCUCACAGUAAGAAUACAGCUGUAAUCUGGGUGUAUUUUAUUUUGUAUAAUCUGACACCAACACACUCCAAAUAGGAAUUAAGGUGAAAAGUUUCAAAUGCGACCUCUGGUUUUGUCUACGUUCCUGAGUGCCCAGUCUAAGACUUCUAGGAUCUGAUUGUCAGAGGUACUGAGCACCUGCAGUUCCCAUUGCCUUCAGCUGGAAUAGUGGGUAUUCAGGGCUUCUGAAAUCAAGCCCAAAUUGUUCUGUUUUAGGACACCCAACGUUUAGCCAAAUCUCUAGGGCUAAAAUCUUCUUUCAGUACCUGUAAUGUUACAAGUCAUUGACCCAGGCCCCAUUGUGCUAGGUGCUGUUCAGAUACAGAACAACAAACUGGUCCCUGUCCAAAGAAUUUACAACUUAAGUAAAGCAAUGCAACGUCACUCAGUACUGACAUCACAGUCAGAGGGCACUGCAUUUAGCCAUAUAAAACAGUCAGAGGGGUUACUCCUGAUUUACACUGGUGAACGUGAGAUCAGAAUCUGUCAGGGAGUUUUAAUUUUUAUUCAGUUUAAAGGGAUGCUGUCAACUGAAUAUUUAUAUUUUGUUUAAAAAGCCGGAAGGGAUUAAAAAAUACCUAAUAUGACUGGAAAUAUCUUAGUUUAUAAUUUAAAAGAAAAAUAAUAAUCACAUCAGGUUGUUUUAUAAUUUUUUAAAAAUUAGUGUUAAACUUUCCCCUACAGCGUUGUGAAUCCAAACACCAACAGGACAGGGGGAUUGUGACAGGCUUCCCACAGGGUGCCACCUGGAACUGGGGUACCACUGAGCCUUCUGACCCACAAGCCUGGGCUCUCUCUCACACUGUACUGCUGUGACAAGCUGCAGAUAUGCUCCUGGUCUUACAUUUCCACCAGCAUAUACAGAGGUAGGAACACACCCAGCUGCAGUUACAUGCAGGGUCUCUGACUAGCCACUGCACAAACCAACAGUAGAAAGGCUAAAACCAAAGUAACUCUCAGCUCCCCAGUCACCACCCCCCUCUGGAGCAUAAACCCAAAAUUAUACUGUCUUGCGCUGCACAGGGAACUACAGCAUAAGCUCAUAGAUUUCUCCACUUCCCCCUCAAUGUGGAGAGGAAUAUACAACAGCCUAUCUGAGCUAAAAUUCCUAUGCACUUCAUUCCAAACUCACUGGUUUAGAUUAAAACGUAAAAUAAAUUUAUUAAUUACAAAAGAUAGAUUUUAACUGAUUAUAAGGGAUAGCAAACAGAUCACAGUGGAUCUAGCAAAUAAACAAAAAUGCAACCUAAACUUAUUAUCCUAGAGAGAUUGGAUAUGAAUAGCAGAUUCUCACCCUAACUGAUGGUACAGACUUGUAGAUUCUUAAGGCACAAGCUGCAUUAGCUUUACAUCUUGGGUUUCUCAGGUCUUCAUACACAGGCUAGAAAUCCCUUUAGCCUGGGUCCAGCACUUCCUCCAGUUCAGUUUUUGUUCCUCGGAUGUUUCCAGGAGUCUUCUCGUGUGGGAAGUCACUCCAUUGCCUUAUAUAGCUUUCGCAUAUGAGAUGAGGUCACUCCAUUGCCUUAUAUAGCUUUCGCAUAUGGUGGGAACCCUUUGUUUUAAAACUUGGUUCCCAGCCCAAUCUGUGGAAAAAUACUAACAUCUGGAGUCCAGAGACAUGUAGUCUGGUCACAUGACCUUGCAGUGUUAUAGCAGCCAUUGCUUACAGGCUGGUCAAAAUGCCUACAGGAAGAUUAAACAUUCCACAGUCCAUUUUUUUGCUGAUGGGUCAUCAGCCCCGUCUGACUUCUUCAUUGUUGUACCUGAAAGGCUGGCUGUGCGUGUUUUCCAGAGUAAUCCUGUAGCAAGUCGCUGACUCACCAGCGUGGCACCUCCUGCUGGUCACCCGGGAAUUAGCUCAAUUCCAGCACUCAGAGUGCCUCCUGCUGGCCAGUGUCCCUCCUGCCCCAGGCCCCAUGUCCCUCCCAGUCCCCGGUGCCCCUUUCCUUGCAGUGCUGCCCUGCAGCAGUGCCCCCACACUCUGGGUCUCCCCUCCCAGGGGAACCCCCUCCCUCUAUGCCCACCUUGCCUCAGUGACUACUGCCAGUCGUCAUUUAGCCCCCUUUCUCUGGGACAAACUUCAGUCUGUAAUGGCCACUCAUCAUUGGCAAGGGGGUUGGACCAUCUGCCUCUGCCUAUCCCCGGCUGCACCUUUAACAAGGCCGCAACUGGAGCUCUCCAGCUCCUGUUGCCCUUCCCCAGCAUUGCUCUGCUUCAGGUACCCUGUGCUCCCAGGCAGCUAGGUCCUUCCCACUCCAAGGCUGGCGUGAGUAAAUUCAGUGUGACUACGCUAAGGGGUACUGCAUUAAGUACCCCCAGGAUAUGUCUAUACCACAAAAGCUGUGCAGGGCCAGUCUACGGGGUUAGCAUGAAUCCAGCUAGAAUGGCUAACAAUAGCAAUGAAAACAGCACAGGGCAGGUGUACAGCCCCAGCAUGAGCCCUGGGUAUGUACUCAGCUUCCUAGCCCACGCUGCACUGUCUUUCUGGUUGUUGUUACCUGCACUGGAUUCGAGCUAGGUAGGUUAUGCUAGGCUGUGCACAGCUCUUGCAGUGUAGAUACACCCUAAGUAAUACUAUUGCAGGGACAGCUGCAGCUGCAUAUGGUGUUAUAGUUCCCCAGGCUCCAUAACGGAGGAGAGGGUGGGCCUCAGAACGAAGCCUCGGAGCCAAAUAAUACCCUGUCCCCCCUGAACUUUGGAUCUGAACCCAGGCUUUGUGAAUCAGGACCGAGGCUUCUGGUCUUGCGCCACAACAGUAUUGAGUAGCCUAAUGAACCCAUAUGUGAUCAGUGAAAGGUUUAAAGCUAUUACAGGUUAUACAGUGCAGCUAUAUUUGUGAGCCAACCAAUGAAAUAAAAUCCUUUUUCAAUCACUAUGA